AAAUGAGUUUUAGUUUCGUCGUGACAUUGCUAGAGUUAAGUCGGUUUUUUCGAUGCGCGCUGUUUGAAAGUUGAACGUUUCGUUGUUGCUGUUGAUGUUGUUGGUGGUGUUGUUUAUGUUGCGCUGCGCCUCGCUCUCCGGCAGUUACGGGUCCACGAAAGAAGUGAAGCAGGAUUGUGAAUGAGAGCUGGGAGCAAUGUGUGAUGAUUUCUCGAGUGUCAAUGAGAGAUCGCCGCUGAAGAACUGGCGGAAUUGAGACAGUGCGUAACUGCGUCGGUUAUGUCGCCGUUGUGCGAUGAUUGAUGGAUUGUGCUGCAAUGUCCAGGUGUGACUUAAUCGUACGCGGAUUACACGAUAAGUGAGGUUCUACUAAUCGAGCUGAUAAGCGAAAAAUGGUGAAGAUUUGGUGAUUUUAUUGGUGCUUCUGAGGAAGGAAAAAAUACAAGUGAUAAUGCAAUCGAAGGCUAUGUCCAGCCGAGUGAAUACCUAAAGCGUGUCGAGUAAUCAAAGAGAGUGGAAACAAUCGUUCGAAAGUGCAUAGUUGUGCAUGCGGUGGAAAGCGAGAGGAAGUUUGCAUUUUAUCAACUUGGUGCAAAUAUUGGAUUAAGACCACAGAAAACUAGCGACAGACCCGUCGUCUUGGUGCAGUGUGCUGUUUGCAAGCGAGCUAAAGUUUCCGGAAUUUCUUAUCAAGAUCCCCAUUUCUGGGAGCAUCCGAUAGGGCAAGAGCUCCGCCUCUACUAUGAGUGAAGAACGGUGGUGAACACGCAACGCAACAAGAUCUCCGGUGAUUAAUUCCAUCAAUUGGCUUCAAAAAAUUCCCCCUUGCAAAGAGGGUGCAGUGUUUCAGUGUGUAGAGUGGUGUGAUGGUGUGAAACUAGAGCCGAAAAUAGAUUGGAGGAAUUGAGGCAUUCGAAUCCAUCAAUCAACAACACAAUUAUCCUGUCGUGGAGUGAAAACAAAACAACGCAUAAUAUAACAAAAUAUCGAAAAAAAGAAUAAGAGAAACGAGUGAUGAAGAAAGCAACCAUGAGCAACUCAUCCAAAGUGCUAUCGGUGGUGCUGCUGGUGACGGUGGCGGCCACCGCUACCGUGGCAGGUGCCCACUGGGACCACGCGGUCGAUCUGGACGAAAACUAUCGGCUGCUGUGGAGCAUCAGCAACAAUCAGGACAUCACGUUCGAGGUACAGGCCCGCACCUUGGGCUACGUGGGGCUAGGAUUCUCGACAGACGGAUCGAUCUAUGGGGCCGACAUCGUGAUCGGGUGGGUCGAUAACGGCCAGGUUCACUUUCAGGACCGCCACUUCAAGAUGAAUAGCAACGGCGAACCGCACGUGGAUCCCUCCCAGGACUACGUCCUGCUGCUGGGCUACGAGAACGCCACCCACACGGUGCUGCGGUUUCGGCGCAAGCUGGAUACCUGCGAUACCAAUCAGGACGUUCCCAUCACGAACGACACCAUCCGGAUCAUCUACAUGUACCACAACCGGGAUCCGCGGAAUGGGGCCCAGGCCAUCGGUACACUGCCGGAUCCGAAUGAAGCCUUCAAGGAUUCGGUUCCGAUUUUUCUCACCCAGCGUGUUAACCAGGUACCGAUCGAGCUGGACUCGCGCACUCGCACCCUGGAGCUGCGCAACAAAGACGUCGAGAUACCGAUGGGGGACGACAAUCUGCGCUGGUGCAAGAUGUUCAAGCUGGACCAGUUCGUGCGAAAGCAGCACAUGAUACGGUACGAGCCGGUGAUCGAAUCCCGCUCGAAUCUGCCCUUCAUGAAGCACAUCAUCCUGUACGAGUGCCAGGGCUCGACGCCGGAGCUGGAGAUCAUGUCCCGCGAGUUUGGCCGAUCCUGCAUGCAGGCCGAGAAGGAGCUGCUAACUUGCAACUCGAUUGUCGCCGCGUGGUCCCGUGGCUCGGAGGGUUUCACCUUCCCACUGGAGGCCGGCUACCCUCUGGACUCGUACCAGGCCCGUUUCUACAUGAUGGAGACGCACUACAUGGGCUUCCAGAGCAACUCGAUCGACCUCCGUCCUCGCAUGGACAACUCCGGGCUGCGCUUGUACUACACAACGAUCCUGCGAAAGCACGACGCCGGGGUGCUGUCGGUUGGAAUUCAACCCAACUGGCGACACAUUAUCCCGCCGGGUCAGGAACGUGUCGUUUCUGAGGGCCACUGCAUCGAGGAGUGUACCCAGCGUGCCUUUCCCCGACCGGGGAUCAACAUUUUCGCUGUGAUGAUGCAAACCAGCCACAUGGGUAAGCAGGUCCGUCUGCGACAGAUUCGCUACCGCGAGGAACUGCCACCGAUCGCUCACGAUCUGAACGUCGACUCUAACUACCAAGAGUUCCGACGGCUGCACAGUCCCGUCAAAGCACUGCCAGGGGAUCGUCUCAUUGCGGAGUGCUCAUACGACAGCAACGCCAGGAAGACGAUUGCCCUCGGAGGCUAUACCUCCCGCGACGAGACUUGCCUGGUUCUAAGUCUGUACUAUCCGCGCCAGAAGGAACUCACGUCCUGCCAUUCGAUUCCCAGCCUCCCGACGGUGCUGCAUGCCGUCGGCAUCAACGAGCUGGCCCCGGGAGCAAAUCCCAUCCGCAUUGCUUCCCCGCCGGAAAUCGCCGGAAUGACCCUCGAGGAGCGGCUACUCUCCUACGACUGGCGGGUUAACUUCAACGCUUUUCAGUAUGUGAUACGGAAGGGUGCCUUUAAGCCGAUCUGCUGGAGCGCACGAAACACUCCCAUUCCGGGCACCGAAAAUAUGGACGCGUACGCACCCAACCUCACCCGGAUCUGGCGCCCGACGCCAACGUGCGGCGCAACGGCUCCGGCCGGCGCUGGUCCCACCAAUAGCGUGAAUCGCUUCGUAACGGAGCGGGAGUCACAGGCUGCUGCUGGGGGUGUCGGUAACGCACCCAGCUGGACACUGCUGGAGGACGAAAGCAACAAUGUGAUCGAGGGUGCCGCCCGGAGUAAAUCCAUCCGCAGCUCGUCCGGGGUGGCACUGUUUGGGUCCAGUGGGAACGUCGUUUCCCGGGUGGCGCUGUUCGUAAUCUUUAUCAACACCGUCAGGUUAGUGGGGGUAGUGUGAGGGGUGGUGCCGAGCAGCGCGGGGGUGAGGUGAUCGUAAACAGGCAGGGAUGGGUGUGUGUGUGUGCGUGCGCCGCGGAGAGACCAUAGAAAUAUAAGACUGUGUGUGUGCGUGAGAGUGAGACAAAUUGAAAAAGAAAGGAAAUAGAGGAGCAAAUUUGUACAGUUUUACUGUAAAAAGGUAGUUUUGUUCAGUUUUAGAAAAUCGCUAGUCAUUUGAGCAGACUCUGUUAAAUAGUAUUUAGGUUGGGAAACGAAAGAUUGUGACAACAAGAACACUGUAUGCGCUGUGUACGCAACGGUGGGCAACGCGAAACAUUAGUAUUACGAUUAGGAGAGAAUAUAACAAUCGAAUAUUUUGAUCUAAUUUUGUACUCUGAGCCAGUUGUUGAAAUUGUAUAUAUUGUACAUAGACUAGAAAGGACGCAAAAGUGUAUUUUUUGUACAGAAAAUAGGACUAAUAAUAAAU